AUGGCACAUUCAGAUUCAGAUAUUUCUUCGCUGUCAUCAGCACCUCCGACAGAUGAUGAAGCUAUGGAGGUCGAUGAAGCUCCAGUUGGUAUUGCAAAGUACUUUAAGAAGGAGUCGGAAACUCCGCCGCCAAAGCGGGAGCCAUCACCACCGCAUGAAUAUGUCCUGGCCGAUAAUCCCAAGAUUCCUUUCCUUGUCACGUUCCGCGCGCGCUUCCACGAAGCCUUUCCUCGAAGCAUGCCUCAUUUUGGACCACAGGAUAUUGAGAGAGGGUUAGAAGAGUCACCGCCUGGUGAAUAUGUAGAGAGAUUACUAUGCGCAUUACUUGGCCUUGUUUUGAACCGCAAGAAGGACGUUGAACGGAAUCACUACACGCGACCACUGGAAGAGGCAAUUUCGACGCAUCAGUCGCAAUGGCCCAAAGCAUGGGAGGGCAAGAAUCCCCUUCAUGGGGGUCGCAGCUUUGCGACCAUGUCGCCGGAAGAACGUCUCGAACUAUUAAGAGCAUUGGUUCUCUGGUCUCUUUCCUCAUCUGAUGCCAUUCAGGCCAAAAUCAAGGAAUCGUACAAACAAGCGCGCCACGACGAUGAUCUCAACCAACCGCUGUCUGUCCAAGCCUGGGGCCGAGAUAGUUUGAAAAGGCGAUACUGGCUCAUUGAAGGGCAAGAUGACACCCAUUUCCGCCUGUACCGAGAAAGUAACCCCUCUCUGAAGAAUAUCAGCUGGCGGAGUGUCGCUGGAAGUAUUCCUGAGAUACAAAUCAUUGCCGAGAAGCUUCAGCAAGAGAAGGGAACAAAUGCCAAGAAACUUAGUGAGCGGAUUAUGGCAGCUAUUCCACGAUUCGAAGCAUCAGAAGAGGUCAGUUUUAAACGGCGCCGUCGUGAUUAUCGUCUUGCACGCAAGGCUGCGUUCUCUCGACCUGAGCCUGGCUUUUCAAUGUACGAAGGCCGCACUCGUGGCAAACGGUUGAAGUACACGUACUCUGAGGAUGAGGACAUGUUCUCCGACGACCAAUCUACCAGGCGGUCUGCUCGCAAUGCCUCAUCUAAUGUGGCACCUGCUGAGUCUCGUACACGAUUUACUGCUAGCGGAAGACAGGUCCGAUCUCGCGCUGGAGGCCUAUACGGAGAGGCCCUGCUUAGUGGACAGCGAGAAGAUUCGGAUGAAGAGGAAGAAGAUACUACACGACCACAGAGAUCUAGAACAUCUACUAAUCCUAAUGGCUAUUCUGGGUAUGCGGCUGAUGACCUUGAUGAUGAGUCGGAGGCUCGAGAUUCUGGAAAUGAAAGUGGCCAUGAAUGGUGCAGUGGAGAUGAUGAAAACGAUUUUGAGGGCGACGACGAAGGAGAAAAUGCAAGUGGCGAUGACCUUGUUGUCCAGCUUCGAUAUGGGAAAGGAAAUGUACCAAGUGAACUCAAAACAUCUGCCGAGGAGCCGCCUCCUGGGCAGGAUCCUCUGGUGAAACCUGUUAGUCAAGAUGGGGCCUCUACAGUUUACCCUACUCCCGCACCGCAGACUUCACAGCCGAUCACUACGCCUGCAGCUCCAGCGGCAGUGGUAGCUGCAUCGCCCAUGUCAAUUGGUGCCAUCACUGAAGCCCCAAAGAGCAGUCACCCAACCGAAGCCAAUGGAUGGUCUGGACCAAUUCCUCAUGCCGAAAGUCAUUCUGUCGCUGGAGCCCCUCAAGCUCCUCUUACCCCAUGA